UUGAUAAUUUUAGAAGAUGUGACUGAAGAAAAAGGAACUGAAGAAGAGGGAGAUGGUAAAGUUUCUAGUAUUUCAUUAUCUGGCUCUCGUUCUCGUGCUGAAAAUGCAGACGACGAGUGGAACGAGGAUUAUACUACUCGUUGUUAUUGCGGUCUUGAUCAUAAUGAUGAUUUUAUGAUACAGUGUGAUAUAUGCAAUGUUUGGCAGCAUGGGAAAUGCAUGGGUGUUGAUCAGCGUCGAAUUCCUAAGGUAUAUAAAUGUGAAGAAUGUUAUCCACGAACGCUUAAAUUAACGAAAGCUCAGGCAUAUGAACUACAGAAUAAAAUCUUACUACAGUUACGCCAUGGAAAGAAUGUAAUACAAAAGCGAAAUAGAAAAAAUUCUGGAACAACACAGAAGAGAACGAAAGUAGUAAGUUUUAUUAAAUUAAUAUUGUAUUUUGAUUAUUAUUGUUUUAUAUAUGAUGAUGCGUAUGUUGUGGAAUUGGUGUGCAGUAAUCGUGAUGUGCGAUCAAUGUUCGUUGUAGCAAGUUGUACUGGUCUGGUUGCGGAUCGUGCUUUUUCUCGUAAUGAACCUGUUAUGUAUCUGUCUGUGCCAAAUUUUAGCAAUUUAAUACUCAAUGGAGAAGAAAUACCUAUAUGCGUCGACGCGCGUCGAACUGGUUCCAUAACUAGAUAUGUUCGAAGAUCUUGCACUCCAAAUCUGUUUCUUAAACACGUUUUCUGUGGAGGAAAAUUGCAUAUAAUUGGGUUUGCACAGUGUAGCAUUGAUCGUCUUGAUGAGUUGACAGUGCCAUUUGAUAGUGAUUAUCAGUUGUCCAUUCUAAGUUUAACUUGCGCCUGUGCAUCCUCCUUUGAAGAGGAAGAUGAUGUUGAAGUGAGUCUGUGUAAAAUCAAAAAUUUUAAUCGAAAACUGAAAAUGAAGUCUUUGAUAAGCGGAGAGGUUUGUUCAUUUUGCCUCAUUUUUUUAAAAUCCCUUUUACUGUUUUAUUAG